GGGGGUGCGGAGGUGACGGUCCCGUGAGGAGACGGAGCGGAGAUCCCCGCGGGAUCGUGGGGUGUCGAUUCUUCUGCUGCUGCUGCUGUUCCUUCUUCCUUCUCCUGCUGGGCGCGGACGAGGCGAGACGACGGACGAGGCGACGCGGGCUGCGAGCGACACGGCUGUGUGACAAUGAAGAGCGGGCAGAGGAAGAGAGUGCGGGUGGAGGAGGCACCACCGACUAAUGAUGCAGUCCUGGAUGAGGUGGCUCAGCUGUUUGAGAAGCGUUUUGAGUUCCGUGUGCCCACCGGUGAAACGUGGACUCUCCCAGAAGCGCGUUUGGUCUUCUCCUCUCCAGCGGCGCAACAGCCCCACGCGGACCUACAGCGGCUGAAGAAGGAUCUGAACGAGGUCAAAGGGCGUCUGAGUGACAAGCCUCUGGAUGUGUGGCAUGAGCACACGGCCGCCACUAACCGCACGGGGCACGUGGUGGGGCACGUGCGGCGCGUGGCCGGCGCGGAGUUGUGCACGCAGGCCUGGUGCAAGUUUCACGAGCUGCUGGCAGGAGGCCUGCCCGUGCUGCCACCCUCUGCACUGAGACGCGGCGGCGGCGGCAGGAUCAAUUCGGUGCACCUGUGCGAGGCGCCCGGCGCAUUCAUCUGCAGCCUCAACCAUUACCUGCGAACGCACCAGGCGGCCUGCAAGCUGUGCUGGCUGGCCACCACCCUGAACCCGUUCCACGAGAGCAACACGUGCGGGAGUAUGAUCCCGGACGCGCGCCUCAUCCUGCACACGGCGGCCCGCUGGUGCUUCGGUGCGGACGACACGGGCGACGCCAUGUGCCUGGCCAACCUGCGCCGCUUGCAGGAACGCGCGCGCGACGAGCUGGGGGACGGCGCGCACCUCGUCACCGCCGACGGGAGCUUCGACUGCCAGGGUAACCCCGGGGAGCAGGAGGCGUGUGUGGCGCCGCUGGUGUUCUGCGAGACGGUGACGGCACUGGCCCUGCUGGCGCCCGGCGGAUCCUUCGUCCUCAAACUCUUCACCCUCUUCGAGCAUUCCUCGGCCUGCCUCCUCUUCUUGCUCGUGUGCACCUUCCAGGAGGUCCACGUGGUGAAACCGGCCACGAGCAAAGCAGGCAACUCGGAGCUGUACGUGGUGUGCCUGGGCUUCCGCGGGCGGGACGCGUUCCCCCCCGCCUUGCUCGAGCGGCUCGAGGAGCACGUGGGCCCAGAUGUGUGCGCCCACACGGCCCUCUUCCCUGCCGCCUGCCUUCCUCCCUCCUUCACCCAGCAGCUGCUGGCCUGCGCCACCAUGUUCCAGAAGCUGCAGGCCGAUACGAUUCUGGAGAACCUGUGGCUGUUUGAGAACGACGCGGGCGAGGAGCGCUGGGCUCACAUCGAGGCAGUGCGCGAGGCCGCCGCCUGGUUCUACACGGACCGCUACGACGUGCAACCCCUCGCCCGGCGCGACUGGCUGAUGCAGCGACCACCCAGGGGAUCUGGUGCACCACUCUUUCAGUCGUACUCGGGGAAGGGAAAGCAGCGUCAGGUGGGGACCUACAACCAGAGGAAAGAACUGGAGAGCCUGAGCUGGAGAGAGAAGGUAAUGCAGGGUUACUUUGAGCCGGACAUGCGGACCUUCGAUGCCCUGCUCAAGAUCGACGCGCCGAGUUGCGACGCGGCUCGUGAGGGCCAGUGUGAGGGCGCGGACGAGCAGUCCGAGGACCCUGCGGAGGAGGAGCGCGUGCUCGAGUGCUCGCCGGAUCCUCCAGGCGAGAGCACCUUCUCCGUGCGGCACGGGCCUGCGCUCAGACGCGUGGCCAACUCCCCGUUCUGCGACGUGAAACUGCUGGAGCGUCUCAACGAAGCGCGGGCCAAGGCGGCCGUUGUGCGGCCGGCCAACGCCGUGUGGCUGAGCGGGCAGCACCGCGACGGAAGCCAGAGCGCCGCGGAAACGGAGCAGCGCGUCCGAGCGACGCUCAUGAAACUUCUGAAUGGGAAGGAACUGAGAGGCGUUUACUAUAUGGACAUCGGGCAACAGACUCGAUGUGCGUCUGUAGGGCAAACGCUCUGUGCGCAGUUAAACCCCAUGGACGAUGUCAUCGAUAAUUCUCGGAAAAACAAAUCCCAAAGUGCCGAUGAAUCCAGUGCAGUCGUGCACAGCGCCCAGCCUGACAGUGGAGGACCUUCAGUUCUGCCACCCACGCCUCUUGACACUUGCAGCCCUACUCGAGACACAGUCCUCAUUCCGAAACCGUUAGUCGGAGUUCUAAGCAGCCCACUGCUCUACGACGGAGAUGUGUUGUUUCAGCAAAAUCUCGUUGACGGAUUGCAGCUGAUGUUCUCCCACUUGGCAGAGGGCGACUGUCUGGUGCUGCCCCUACCCGCCGCCCUUACUCGAUUCUCCGCAGGAAUAAUCUUUGCCCUUUCACAAUGUUUCUGCCGCCUCUCCUUCCUCAACCUCUCGCCAAGCUCGUUUCACAUCACCACCGUCUUACUCUGCGCGGGCCUGCGCCAUCCAUCAGUUUACAAAGGCGUGAAGGAGUUUAUCAGUGUGCUGCAGCACGCGGUCUCAAACGCUGGAGAGCGAUGCGGCGAUGGAAGAGGAGACCGGGAGGGUAACGUUCGGCAGCAGGUGCUGGAGUUUGUCCCCAUUGAGGUUUUACUCAGGGAACCACUGUACACAUUUCUACUGAAACUCAAUACAGACACUCUCCAGUACAGGCUGGGUCUGCUCUUGCAGCUUGAGAAACUCUUCCAUAACAAGAUCUCAGGACUGGCGACUUAGUGGCAGUCUCAAUUGAUCUCGUUUGAAAGAAAUUGGGGUGCUCUUUAAAUGUUCACGGAUGUCUCAAUGCAGUAAUACAUGUAACUAUGUUGCAAGGAAACUGAAAAAGUCAAUAUCCAUAUAUUUUUUGAACAAUCUUUCAAAAUUGCACUUGGAAAAUGUUAACCAGAAUGUAUACACUACACUCUUUACUGUGGCACAAUUAAAUCUGGGGGUGGAGCAGUGUCGUAUAACCCCGGUGAGCCGAGUUCAAUUCUAAGCUCCGUUUAACAUUGGUGGCGAGCGAUACGUGAAUCGGUUCCGAGCCCUCCUCCGCCAACCCACAAUGACCAGCGUGAAGGACAAUCAAACCCCCCUUGAGUGACACGGCAUGGGCUUGACAAGAGGGGUGUAAAUUAUUAUAUUUGAAUCUGGUCACACGACCGAUAUAAUACAUUUGCCAUCAGGGAACUUAACAGAUGUAACAUUUAGAAUUAAGGAAUAUGUUUGUAUAUUGGUUUAAACAUCAUUACAUCCAAUACAUGAUCAUUUUGAGUGUCGGUACCACAACAGAACCUGGGGAAGCGUACACGAUUUGAGGUGUCCCUCGUUGCUUGUGAUGUUGAGCACGUGCUGUGUAUAUGAACCGAUUUCUACAUGGAAACAAACGCGAAUGCACGUAUUGUCAUGCACUGAAAUAGCACGUGCUGUGAUGUGCAAUUUAUUUUGACACGAAAGCCAACAUCUACAUUAAAAUUAUGUUUCUAUAAAAUGGCAGUCUUGUAUCGAAAGUUCAUGUAAAAUCCUAUUUUAGAAUUUAUUAAAAAAAUGUUUAUUUUUUACGUGAAUAAAAAUACAUUUCAUGA